UUUUUCUUCUGGGACACAAAAGGGAAAGUAAGAAUACACAAUGGCUUAUUAUUGGAGAGUGAAGGGAAAGUAAGACUAGACAAAGCAAGUGAUCAUACUCUGCACUGCAUGGCUUACAUUCCUCCGCACAAGAGGCAAACAAAGGGUUCGCCGCCGUUGGAACCAACUCCUGCACCGGAGUCUCUAAUACCUGGUAGCUUCAGGAAAAAAGUAAAUCUCAAUUCGUUUUGGGAUCAUCACAAGAGAAAAAAGGACAAGAUUUUUCGCACAAGCAACGUCGUUUACACUGAUGAUGCCGUCUUGAGAUGGUUCUCCGUUGGCUUGGCUGAUGAUUCUCGAUUUUCGUCUCUUGUGACCCUCCAACCUGUUCCAGUUGACUCCUUUGAGCUAAGAUCAGGCCAAAAACCCCUGUCUUUGUUUUUAACUCAAGGUUGCAGUGAAGGAACAAAUGAGCUUAUAGAUACACCAUGGCUUUUCGUUGCUGCAAAUGUGAAGCAGGACCUACUUUUGUCAUUUCAACAUAUGAAGCGUGAAAUGGAGGAAGCUGAUAUGGCACAAGUAAAGCCCUCUGUAGUUGCCCGUUUUGGAAAAGUUCUCUUUUACGGGAUUUCUUCAGCUUGUAAAGAAUCGCUAAAAACUAACUCAUUGAUUGAGACUACUUUGAGAGAAAUGAAAAGAUCUUUCCAUACGGAUGUUCCUCCUUCAUAUAUGAGUUACAUAGAAAAUCGAGUAGGGGAGAAACUCGGGCUAGAAUAUGUGCAACGGAAAGAAUUAUACUACAUUAAGCUUUCUGAUAAGUUGAGGCCUGAAUCAACUGUUUCCUGCAAAUGUACUGUGUCAAAAGAUCAGAAAAAGAUUCAGCUCUAUAAGAUUGAGUUGAACAGAGUACGCCACAUGGUUGCAGACAUGAGCUGUCUCGGAAAGAGUUCAGACCUAAGGUUAAUUCUAUAUACCAAGAAAAUCAAGAUGGCUUUAUCUGAUGAGGAGAUUAAUGAAAUUAAAGAUCUUAUUGGUUCCGCCAUUAUGGAUUCAGAAGUUCAGGGUGGCUUGAGAUGGCCCUUUGGCAAGAUUUCUUCUGGUGGUCGAUAUGCUGUUAUUGCUAUCGGUCACACAACUUCAAAAUCGUAUAGAAAUUCAUCAAUUAGGGUUAAGCUUCGGCAUGCAGAUCGAUUUGAUUUCAGAUCUUCGAUUGGUGAGGUUACACGGGAGAUUUUCCUGAAAAUGCCUGGAGUUAUAUCCCAGUUACGAAAGCAAAUAGUCGACGAAAGCCGUGUGUUUGAAUUGCUUGAAGACAACCUGAAGUUAAUCUGGGAUCACUGUUUGUUAGAUGGUUCUUCAAGCUGACCAUGUUUGGUUGAAUGGUCUGCAAAAUCUUCUAGAAGUUUAACUUUCACAAGUUGUGUACGGUUGGUGAAGGCAGGCUUAACCUUUUAUUUGCAGUUGUGGGAUGUACAUUACAAGAUGUAGAUUGUUGAGAUAAGAACUAGAGUUCGAACGAAAACGCUGAAAUGUUAUUGCACUAUGUAGUUUUGGAAUGGAACGAACUGAGCAGGGCCUUGGAUGUUAGUAAGGAGCAUUGGUUUUUUUAUUGUAAAUGGAGUCGUUUUGUUGUUGUUAAGCCGUAAUGCAUAGAACAUCUUAUUUGAACUUAUUACAUGAGUUGUAACAUUUCGUUUUACACA